CCAGCGAAACGUUCAGUCAGAAGUGACCUUUCUUCCAGAUCUCACAGGAGAGAGCAAUUGUUUCACCACAAUGGCAGAUUCACAUUCAUUUGAAAAACAGACCAAAUGUCUCAUGGAUAUCCUUCUGCAGGAGGAAUUGGAAGUGGAUAGUGGUAACCUGUGCUUUCGCAGUAUGCAAACAGAGCUCACAGAAGAAGAGUGUGCUCUGAAGAAUCUGGGACAACAAUUGCGAACUUUGGGAGAUCAGUUGAAUGAGGAGCAGGUGAAAUCCUUCACAAAAGAAUUUCAGAAAAUGAUGCAGACGAAUGCACUGGACAAGGGCUUCAAAAUAUUUUCUGACACUGUGAAAUCUAUCUCCCAAACCUGGGUCAGUGACAAAGAUCUGCCAGCUGAGAAAACUCUCCUAAAGAUCAUGGCAUCCCUGGGGAUUCAAGCAGCUAAGCAAAUGCCCUCUCUUGCUAAGGAGAUCAGUGAGGCCAUGAUGUCCUUCAGCAUGACCUCACUGAAGGAAUGGGUGACCAGCCAAGGAGGAUGGGAGAAUAUUCAUUUGAAGUAAAAUUUAAACUGAGCAGUCUCAAUGCACCAGGUUACCACACUCUAGCAAAAUCUAUACCAUAAUUCCAGGAGGGGCCAUCACAAGAUAAUAAUGACAAAAAUAUUAAUAAAAACAAUAAUAAUAACCACCCUACAGGACUCCACAUGCAGGAACUUCACCUGAUGGACCCCCCCACCCCAUUCUCUCCGCUCACUGCCUCCCCAUCCCCCUCGCUCAGCCUGGCUCAGCCCCAGCUGAUGUUCUCCUCAGUGGAAGCCUCCAGGUUUCAGGUGACUAGCCCGGUGCUGAAACUGUCUCUCAACGUCAAAAGGCUGGCCUUUCCCUAGCACCAUGGGCUACCUCAGGUCAGUGUUAGUGAGGUGUCCUAACCAGGCACCACCGUCUCCUGCAGUGGGAGGAGUGUGACUCUGCCCGCCAUGUCCCAGGUCAGAGAGACCAUCACAGGCAUGAAAUCAACACUAAAAAUUACACCCUGUUUAUCUGGGGCCUUAGUAGGCCUUUCACCUGAUGUUCUCCACAUCUCUACAUUGUCAACUCUAAUUGAUGAGCCCAAUGUGCUAUUUGCGUUACUGGAGAUUAUUGACCUUGUCCAGAGAGGCUCCACAUACCUCCUCUCAGUCAAGGAGGACAUACAUUUACUCCCUCCAGAAUUUGAAUCCUGAUACUUCUCAUUGGGAGUCGAGUGCUUGGCUGACUCAGCAGCUGCCACAGUGAGGAAUCCCACUACAAACCAACAAUAAAAAGAUUGCUAUUCAGCGAC